AUGGCAAGACCGGACUACAUUGAGAUAUGCCAAGACAUACGAUCACAAUUCACCAUCAAGUUCAAAAAAGCCAAAACAAAAGACAAGUUCGCGACAAGAGGCUUGGUCAGAGAUAUUCUUUCCCGAUCAUUGUUGGAAACGCUUUACGAGAGCAUCUAUGAUAGUGCCCCUAUCUCGGAGACAGGCCCGAAUGCUAUUAGCGCAUACCAGUUUGUUCGAAGUAUAGAGAGGAAAAUGCUACACGACUUUUUGGCUGUUCUGUUAUACGCAAAGUGCUCAAUCAAUGCCGUAAAAAUCUUUACCGAAGAGCUCGUAUUCGGAAGCAUGGCGCAAGAGCAGCAAGGGUAUAGCGAAACUCCAUAUCUGCUCCCUGCGACCGAGGAUUAUCUUACCAAUCUGUUCAGCCCUUUUGACGCCCAGGAAAUCUUCGCCGAGCAACAGCCGUUCUGUACCAUUGUACUUGGCGGACCAGGAGUUGUCACGAUUGACCAAGAUGAUAAGCGGUCCCUGCCAUGGCUAGAAGAGGAACAUAUUGGUUCAGGUGCUUUCGGGAGCGUUUAUAGAGUCAAGAUACCCAAGGACCAUUUGACCAUGCACCGAGAUUUCAACCAAACCAUCAACACUGUCAAGCUAGUUGCUCGCAAAGAUUACAAACCCGCCAAAGAUAUCGAGGAGAGCUUUGAGAAUGAGGUGAGAUCUAUUCGAGACAUCUUCAGUGGCAACUCCAAGCACAACAACAUCCUCGAGAGCUUUGGCACCCUUAUCAUCAGAGGACCAGAGUCGAAGUUCAGUCUACUUAUGCCACUAGCAGAGAUGGACCUGCAGAAGUAUAUGGAAAAUAAACCGGACAUCUCUGCUGAUGGCAGAUGGGGCCGAGAGCGUAUCAUCAGCGCCGCUAUAGGCCUGGCAGAUGGACUUGAUUUUCUCCAUAGUAAGAUGACUACAGCUGGAGGUGAUCGACUGGUUUGUUACCACAUGGAUCUCAAGCCUAGCAAUAUCCUGGUGUUUCUACAUGAACCACGACUGGAGGAUGCCAGCACAGAGGACAGAGACUACGGCAUGACUUGGAAGCUCAGCGACUUUGGCUUGUCCAGAGUCAAGACCAAAACAAAGCCGGAAAAGAAUUUGGACAGCCUCUUCGAAAGGAAGAUCAUUGACCAGUCCAGCCAAGCAUCACCGACUCAAAACCAUCGAGGAAAUGGCACAUACCUACCAAAUGAAGCCCAGGACCCCGGAAAGACUAUGGAUCACAAGAGUGACAUCUGGUCCUUAGGUUGCAUUAUCAGCGUGCUAUUUACGUACAUGGAAGAGGGGCACUCCGCGCUGAAAAGCUACAGUAACUCCCGACUCAAGUACAACAACAAGCAGUUCGACGUCUUUUACCAGCAUAAUAGGUCCAGCAGGGGUGCUAGUCUGAACGAUGCUGUGAAAAGCCAACACAACAAGUUAAUUGAAGCCGCGAAAAAAAGAAACGCGGCUGAAGGCGAAGCGGUUUCAUAUGUACUCAAGUACCUGGAGAGUAGUGUUCUGGUGAUCGACCAAAGCAAUAGGUGCAACGCAGAAUCAAUCGUUCAAUGUCUAGGAAGGACAUUGAAGAAAUAUCAAAUAGUGGAAUCGUCAGUCGGGCCUGAAUCCCCUGCAGAAAAGCCGUAUCCCUUACGCCGGAGACUCAAAGAUGCCCUUAUGAAUGGUCUCCGCAAGGAGCGCCCUGCUGUGCCAGUCGAUAUCGACCGCUGGCGACUCGACAUAGAAAAGUCUACUCGGUUCAAAGACUUUAGGAGUUCGCCGGAUGGCCAAUUCAUAGCUUACUGGAGUGAUAAGACUAUCAUGGUAUUCGACAGAGCCACCACGAUAUCAAGGACAAAUUCUAGCAGUACAUUUGGCACCGGAUUAAGGGUCACCUCCAUGGAUAACAUACGAGAUUGUACUCUAAGGAAUGUUGGAAAAUAUCAACUAGGUGGAGUGAGCUGCUCCUGGAAAUCUCUCGGGCUCACAGAUUCAUACUUGGUGGCUGCUACUACAGAGGCCAAGUCGUUAGAGUGCUAUGUGUUUGACAUUGAAUCAGAUAAAACGUUGCGAACGUACAGCAAGAUCACCUUGCCGUAUUCUGGGUUCCACAGUUUGACAGUAUCGCCAACCCAGAACGCGAUGGCCUGUAUCCUAAGCAAUAACGAUCGAGCAACUUUGUUCACGGCAGUGAUCAAUACGAGUCUUUCCGAACCAACUACGCCUUCGAUUAGUCUCUUGUCGGAAACGUCAUCGCGCCAAGACUAUCAGGAUGCUGGAACUCGUUUCAUCCAACGGAAACUUCUUGACCUGGACUGUUCGACAUCAUCAGUCGAGCAUAUAGUGCUAAGAACGGAAGAUGAAGGAUAUAUAAUUAUCCGAAGCGCAUCGACUCUAUUUCUAUGCCUGUUCACUAUUCGCCGUCCGAGGGUGGUGAAGGAGAAGCUGAAGCUUGGAUCACCUACCGGCAGUGUAGAACGGCUGUUUACUGAUAUGGUUUCCUUCCACAGUGAAGCCAACGAAGCUCAAUCGGAAGUCAUUGUGGUAGUACAGGCUCAGCGGAUUUUUCAUCUCAAGUUCAGAGGCGCCGACGAAGCUGCCUCAAGCAUCGCGUAUCUUCCAGUAGAAUACUAUCGCAUACUCAAGAUUGCGACAAAUGGUCAGGUAGUCGUCGCUCUAGGAGCGCACUCAGGGAGCAGCCACCUUUUCCUGCUUGAGGUGAAGCUCUCAAGUCCCAGAGUCCGCCCGCAACUUCGAAAGAUUGCAGAGCUUAAAGAGGUGUCGACAUCCUGUCAGGCUAAGCUGAGUGUGAUUGGAGAUUGGAGCGAACCCAUUGUCUUGAUUACGACCGCGACACCUGAUGGACAAUAUCGUAAGACUCUUUUCUACUUCUCCCACGCAUGA